UUCUGGCUUCCUAUUCUUCUUUGAUUCGUGCACUGGAUCCCGCUGCGUCUACGUUUUAUUUCUUGGGACUUGAUCGGAGUUGUAAACUAGUACUAGUGCCUGCUACUACGGGAAAAGCAAAUAGGGAGGGCGUACGGGAAGACGCUUUUAAAUACGAUCGUCAGGAUUAGGAACUCACCUUCAGGUUUUCUCUGCAAGUCGCCCUGGAACCACUGAGAGAGGAUGUCUGUGACGUUGCAAACAGAUGUGGGAGAUAUCAAAAUAGAAGUCUUCUGUGAGAGGACACCCAAGACGUGUGAGAAUUUCUUGGCUCUUUGUGCCAGUAAUUACUACAACGGCUGUGUGUUUCAUAGGAACAUCAAGGGUUUCAUGGUUCAGACAGGAGACCCAACAGGCACCGGACGGGGAGGCAGCAGUAUCUGGGGCAGGAAGUUCGAGGACGAGUACAGCGAGUAUCUGAAGGUACAGCCUGUGCUUCCUGUUGACACGACAGUACACACUGAUGUCAUUGUGAGCCAGAUGCCACAUCCAUGGCACACACCUGUAAUCCCACCACUUGGGAAGCAACAGCAGGCGGAUGUUUUAGUACCUCCCAAUAGUCCCAAGCUGGUGACCAAGCCGCUAGCACAUGGACCUCUGAGGGUGGAGCACUCCCCUCUGGAGACUGCAGUUGCUGCAGACACUCUGUUCAAGCUGAGGACAGUUCUCAUAGCACAUUGCUCCUCUUCCAGGGUCAUAGAUGGUCUGGAGACCUUGGAUGAGCUGGAGAAGUUACCAGUGAACGAGAAGACAUACAGACCUCUCAAUGACGUGCACAUCAAGGACAUAACUAUCCACGCCAACCCAUUUGCUCAGUAGCUACCGCAGGCCCGGACAGACACUUGGCAAGUUCGUCACUGGGACAUGCCCAUUGGCCUUUAUCCUUCUGGUGUUUACAGUGAUGACAUCUGUCAUGGGGCCAUAGUGUUCACUCCCAGUCGUGAGCAUAUUCUGUACCACUGCUGUUAUCAGUGUUUAAAUACAAAGCAAUGCCUUAUUUUUUUAAGGCUGGACAUUCAUAACUAAGAAUAAGCCUCCAUGUGUGAUUUAUUUGGGAGCUGGGAGGUAGGCCCCUAAAAAGCCAAAAGAAAAACAAAAAAAAAAAAACAAAAAACAGGCCUCUUAAACACAGAAAUUUAAACUUAAAAUAUAAUGUUAGCCAUCACAUAAUCUUAGUUUCAUUUAACAGCAUAUGGCCUCCCAUCCAGCCACCUCCCCCAUGCACAUCUGUGAAGUAUUCUCAUCUGGUUCUGUUUGAAUAACUAACAUCAGUUUUACCCUGGAAACAUUUGUUUCUUGUACUUGUUUAAUAAAAUGCUGAUUGGGGCCGGGUGGUGGUGGCGCAUACCUUUAAUCUCAGCACUCAGGAGGCAGAGGCAGGCGGAUCUCUGAGUUCGAGGCCAGCCUGGUCUACAAGAGCUAGUUCCAGGACAGAAACCAAAAAGCUACGGAGAAACCCUGUCUCAAAAACUUAAAAAAAAAAAUGCUGAUUGGGGCUGGAGAGAUGGCUCAGAGGUUAAGAGCAUUGCCUCCUCUUCCAAAGGUCCUGAGUUCAUUUCCCAGCAACCACAUGGUGGCUCAUAGCCAUCUGUAGUGAGAUCUGGUGCCCUCUUCUGGCCAGCAAGCAUACAGACAGAACACUGUAUACAUAAUAAAUAAAAUAAAUCUUUAAAAAAAAAAACAAAACCCUGUCCUGGAAAGUCUCCAAUCCCUGUCCCUUGUGUCCAGGUCACCCCAGCUCAGCUCAGCUCACCCCAGCCUAGCUCAGCUCACCACCAGGUGUUUCCUGGCAGGCCGGUGGGACAGGGUACUGUGGUCAGGGUGCAAGUGGCAGUUAGGGCUGUUUUGCAAGUUUUGUACUUUUCCACUGCUGAUUGUCAUCCACCUAGGGCAUAUGCUUAAAGCAGUUGCAAGCAAGCUUUUUGAGUUGGGGUCUUACAAGACAUAGCUGAAGCUUUGGUUGCUGCUGUUAAAUCGACAAAACUCCCACCAGCCUGGUCAUAAACUCCAUCAGAGAUCUGAGAAGGUAAAUGUCACCGCAGUAGGCAGGAAAUGCAGACCAAACAGCUGCAGAAUCUAAUAAAAAAAAUGACAGAAACUAACCCUGGCUCGAAAAAAAAAAAAAAAACAUUUAAACGGUUGCAAUCAGGGCGCGCGUGCUCCUUCUGACCUUGCUUCCCUCGCCCUCUGCAGUGCGAUGUUUGCAGAGUCAGAUCAGGUUUUUCUGUGAGCUGAGGAGAC